AGUAGCGCCACGACGUGUCCACCUGAGAAGAAGCGAGACGAUUCCGCUGACAUCGUUGGCUGGUCGCCUCGAGUAGUGCCACGUGUCUUUUUAGAGUAGUGCSACGUGUCCUUUCCUAAGAAGCCGGAGUCGUUACUCUAAACCCACUGCCCUUUUCUGCCGUUUAUUUCGUGUUAACCAAGUCCAAAAAGAGGAAGAUAGUGCCACGUGUCCGCCGAUUUCAGUUCAGUGUGCCACGUGUCCAGGGUACCACUGUCCGCCGUUCGGUGUGCCAAGUGUCCAGUGUGCGACGUGUCCGCCGUUUCGUUCUCAACCGCUGAGAUCAAUGAGAGGGAAGUACUGCCACGUGUCCCGUAAUGCCACGUGGCGAGCGAUGCCACGUGUCCAGUAAUGGUGCGUUUGCACUGUGACACGUGUUCAGUAUGCUGUAGUGCCGCGUGUUCGAUGCGGACUUCUUGAUUAAUCACAAGUAAUAUACGUGUUAGUGAGCGGUCUCCAUCUCAACCGAGCGCAUAGAGCGGGGGAGAGGAAAAUAGCAGCGGGGAGGGGGCGCAACAUCAGAAGAAGAAGCAAGGUCGCGCCUGCGCCGCUGCGCUGGCGGCGGGAGCAGGAGUGUAGUGGUAGUAGCCGUAGGAGUAAGGAGGCGGAAGAAGGGGGAGGGGAGGAAGGACGGGAAGGAGAAAGGAGUGAAGAGUACGCGGAGGAAGAAGGGGAAGGCUAAGAAGGGGGGGAAGGCAAGUAGAGGAAGGAAAAAGGGGGGCAAGGCAAGAAGAGGAAGGCUAAUAAGGGGGGGCAAGGCAAGAAGAGGAAGAAGAGUGAAGAGUACAAGGAGAGAAAGAGGAGGAGGAGGAGGAGGAGGAGGAGGAGGAGAGGGGGAAAGGAGAAAAGCGAGGAAGAAGAGAGAGAGAACGUGGGAAAAUCAGGAGAAAGAGGAAGGUGAAGAAGGGGAGCUAGGGAAGAGCAGGAGAGAAAGAGGAGGGGAGGAGGAGAAAAGGGUAGGAGAAGAAGAGGACGAGGGAGGAUCAGGAGGAAGAAGAGGAGAAAGCCAGCAAGAGGAGCCAGGGAAGUGGGGUAAUCGAAGGAGAGAGGAGUAGUAGAGAAGAUACAAGAGCAGGAGAAGGGGAAAGAAAAGGAGGAGACGGAGGAGAAGGAGGAGGAGGAGGAGGAGGAGGAGGAGAAUAAGAAGACGAGCAAAACGGAGGAAAGCACGAUGCUAGAGGCAGUGGUAGAUAAUGGGUAUAUAACGAGUCCUGUGGGGUUAAUACGGCGGGAUUCGAGGGUGGUUCUUCAGCAGCCACCACCUCCCCCUCCCUUACACAACCUCCCACCGCCAUCACCGCCAACUCUUGCUCUGCUGCCACAUGUCAGCUCAAAGAAUCUGGAGGAUCUGUUUAAAGAUUAUGGCUUGAGGGCAGCGACGGUGAUGACCAUGCUGCAGAUGGGAUUUACAGUAAACACGUUGGUGAAUAUGACCGAGAACGAGUUGGAUUACGUAAUUAAGACAAUGAUAGAGAAUUCCAACGUGGAGUUGUUGGUAGGAGAAAGAUUUGGGAUAAAAGCAGCGUGCAGGGCAGAGAGGAGAUGGCUGGACGAGCAGKCGGAGAGACAAARGCUGGAUGCUCUCGCUAAACUGGAGCGAAAACGGAAACUCGAUGAAGAUGCAGCCACGCAAUGCGCGCGACAAGUACAGGAAACUCAACACCAUUUCUGCACAUYUCCGCAAAAGCGUCCAGAUUCAGGCGUUGAGGUCACGAAUCAGGUAUUUCGGCAUGCUAAGUACAAAGGCAUGGGUUAUAUUAAUAAGCCGAAGAUGAGGCAGUAUGUACACUGCUACGCGUUGCAUUGCUUGGACAUGUGUCAGUCAGACGCACUGAGAAAGCUCUGUAAGGAGCGCGGAGAGAAUGUGGGUGCAUGGUGUAAUGCGUGCUACACGCCCCUGAUAAUGAUGGCCAGGGAAAGUGGCUGGGAUAUUGAAGGCAUAUUUAACAGGCACGAGAAGCUCCGGAUAUGGUAUGUGCCGAAGAAGUUAGUUCAAAUGUGUAGUCUAGAAAGAGCGGGACGACCAGUUUAGUCGUCAUGGUGUGCGUUGUGUGUGUAUGUACAUGAGCAUGGACCUUACGACCUGCCUGUUUUUUUUUCUUUUUCUUUUUCUGUUCGGUGCCCCAUCGUCUCAGUCCCGACAGCCUUUGCUGGAGGGCUUCCUUGCGAGUGCUUUCUGCACGGAAGGGUCGUUUUUGCAAAGUGCAAAGUGUCUUCCCUUACUGUACAGACCGAAACUGUCUGCAGUUUCUUCUGUCCUUUUCCCCUUUUAUUUCUCCCCCUCUCCUUGUGAUUCACCCCGUCAUCCUCGAUCGCGCUCCGCCUUUUUUCGUUGCCUCUCCUUCUCGCAGAGCUCUUGUGGACUCUUCAUGUUGCGUAAGAGGUUUGUCCUCCGUGUGCGCAUUAUCAGAUGCCGAAUGUUGCAGGUUUCUCCUCGUCAAUUUCCUUUCCGGCCCCUCCCUCCCGUCCCUCUUUGCCGCCUGCCUCCAGUUGUCUCUGUUUCUGUAUCGAUUCUUGUGCAAGGCUGCCUACAUUGGCAUUUGAAGUAGUGUGUGUAGGGAUGGCUCUGCUAGAGCAUCUAUGCGUUAAGUAUGGAUCUCCUCUAGUGUUGCUAUGUCUACCUGGAAAACAUGAGAAAUGUUUGCUGGGACCUGUUAGAUGCGCCGCGGGCCCCUCUCCGCGAGUUUCGGAGGGCCCGAAACGCGACACUAGCCAUCGAUGCAUUUUAUCAAUGGCGCGCUGGGCCCGAAAGUUGCGGUGCUACAGUGUGGUGCCGACGAGUUGCGUUUUCUGCCAGGCUGGGGCCGUGUGCUGGCAGUUUAUGGGGUUGCAUGCAUAGGAGAUAGGUCGUGUGUGGGAGAGGAGCAGGGGGGUGCAGGAUUUGCAGGAUGGUGAUACCAGUGAAUGUUUUCAUAGCCUCUGGCAGAACAUGGGCCUCGCUCCACUACUCUUGAAAUGCACAAAAGACAAAAAUCAUGGUGGUGUAUCUUUCCGUGUUCUAGCGGAAUAUUCGCUCUCGUUUUGCACCUUUUGAGAGUAGUGGAGCGAGGCCCCAUGUUUGUUCAUUUCUGUAUAAAGUACUAUAAACUUACUCACAGCUUGCACGCAAGUAUCGGAGAGAGAGAAUAGAAUAAGGAAUCGAGGAUUUCGAAACGCCUUCUCGUGAGAUGCAAUCAAGUAUGGAGGUGGCUAAUCCACAAGGAGAGGCCAUUUCGGGGACAACUGUCUGAAUGCGGCGGCACCUUCCUAGUUCAUUACUGCCCCCUUUUUCGCUGUACUCCCCGCAAUCCUCGUCCGUUUGCUUACCUCGCACCGGCCUCUGUCCAUCAAACCACCUGGAGUCAUCGAUCCCAUAACCUCUCUUUGGCUCUUCUAAGCAAGUGUACAUGCCUUUAGUUUGCGCAGCUGUUUGUAUUAUCGGUGUUGGAUCGAGUCGCCUGCUGUCUCAGACUUGCCUUGCAGUUUGUUGUUGAAGCAGUGCAGCUCGUCGUCGGAGAUUAUCGUGGCAAGAAUGCAUGUUGUCCGUUCUUGCGUCCGUCCCCUUUUUUGUGUUUCUUGUUUCUCAGAUUUGUGAAGAAUCUGAAGCUGCUGGCUUCUAUCUUUUGCGAAGGAGUGGUGCGACUACACUGCCCUUUCCUUUGCAUCAUUCGGGAGGCAUGAAGGAUGCCAAGAAUGUCAAGUUGGCGGAUAUGCCGUAGUCGAAAACAACCUAUGGGUAGUGAACCAUGGGUGUAAAGCAGCUGGGAAGAUGGAUGGGUCGGCUGCGUUAAUGGUGGUUGGUCGGCCACCAAGUUCCUUAGGCCAUCAUCAUUGUGAUGCUCCUUAGUGGUGCAGGUAUACUCGGGCUUUGAACUCCAGUGUUGAAAUCGAGAUUUCGCUUCUUUAUAGGGGUGUGAACACAGGUAUUGUGUACUUUUUUACUUCAGUGGGCCAACGU